GCCCAUUACACAAUGUUAAUCACAACCUUAUGGGCACCGGUGCUGCUAAGUAAACAUUUGAUGAGCAAUGUCCCUUUAAAUGUUAAAUAUAAGUGUUUUCUAAAUGAACAACAAAAAGUAGCAUUCUACAUUCUAGACUUUAUAGCAGGUUUGAAAUGGGUUGCUUUUAUAAAGUACACAUUCCCCCUCCUGUGGGGAUCCAGUUCAGAUUUUAUCUACUACUCCUUGGACAGUCAGAUUCCUGUGCAGAUGACUUAAGUGGUAUACCAGAUAAGACCUUGGAGUCUCCAAAGCUGCAGCUCCUGCCGAAUUCUCUGCUUCCCCACCAUGAUCCUGCAAAUACUCAGCCACUUGCUACCAGAAUUUGUAGCAGAUCUGUUCUUUGUGACUUUACUUCUGGGCUUGGUGGGUACUGUCCUUAUCGUACGAUGGAUGGGAGAAAAAGGGACCAAGAUGAAGCUAGAGAGAGCGAGAACAUUAAGAGACAAUGGUCUUGGACUAAUGGAGAAGAUGUCAUAUCGUUAUAUGUCUAAGAAUCCCGGUGUUGACUCUGGCCGUAUACUUUCCCUGUCAUUGGCAGAGCUGGUGGAACAGCUUAAGAAUGGAACCUUAUCUCCAGAGAGCGCCUUGUACGUCUACAUCGAAAAGGCUUUAGAAGUUAACAAAGAGUUAAACUGUUUGACGGACUUUCUGCCUGAGUGUGAGGCUCAACUCCAGGAAGUGAAGAAGCAGACGGAGAAAGGUUUACUCUACGGAGUUCCCAUCUCUCUGAAGGACAAUGUUGGAUACAAGGGUCACGACGCUCACUGUGGACUUGUACAAAUGCUUGGAAAUGCAGAUAAAGAAGACUGUGUGGUUGUCCAAGUCCUAAAGAAACAGGGGGCUAUUCCAUUCGUGAAAACCAACGUUCCACAGUCUAUGAUAAAUUUUGACUGCAGCAACUCGAUUUUUGGACAGACCUUGAAUCCUCACAAUCACAAGAAGACCUGCGGAGGUUCCAGCGGAGGGGAAGGGGCGCUUAUUGCAGGAGGAGGUGCUGUCCUCGGCGUGGGAACUGAUGUCUUGGGAAGCAUCCGCAUGCCCUGCAGUUUCUGUGGGAUCUGUGGCCUGAAGCCAUCUGGGGACAGGCUGAGUCCUAUUGGAUUUUCUACACCUGUCAGCGGAAUGAAAUCAGCUGUGAUGAUGCCUGGACCAAUGGCUCGUGAUGUGGACAGCCUGGCUCUGUUUAUGAAAGCAGUUUUGUGUGAUGAUAUGUUCCAGCUGGACCCUACUGUCCCCCCAGUUCCGUUCAGAGAUGAGAUUUAUAACAGUACCAAGCGCCUCACUAUUGGAUUUUAUGAUACUGAUGGCUAUUUCCUACCCUCUCCUGCCAUGAGGAGAGCUAUUCAGGAAACAAAAACUUUGCUUGAAGAGGCAGGUCAUAAGUUGGUUCCGUUCACGCCGCCUCGUAUAGAAUAUGCUCUUAACGAACUUUGCAUCCGUGGUUUCUUUGCCGAUGGAGGGACUACGCUAGUGGAAAAAUUCAAUGCAGAUAUUGUGGAUUCCAACCUAAAACAACAGAUUCUAUUGUAUAAGAUUCCGGCUUUCAUUAAGAAGAUUAUGUCCUUUUUUAUGAGGCCCGUGUUUCCACGAAUCGCAAACCAUGUGAACGCACACUGUGGAGUGGGCUCUGUGAAAGAACUGUGGAAACAUAACACGGCCAUAAAGGAGUAUCGCUGCCAGUUCGUCAGUGAAUGGAGGAAGCUUGGGUUAGAUGCUCUGCUCUGCCCCAUGCUAGGCCCUGCCUUUAACAUUGGAUGCCCUGGCAAAGUCUUUGCUGGCUUUUGCUUCACCAUGCUGUUCAACAUAUUGAAUUUCCCUACUGGGGUUCUGCCUGUGACCACCGUUACUCCCGAAGACGAGGAAGAGCUGAAGCAUUACAAAGGUUACUAUAAUGAUCCCUGGGACAAAGAGGUCAUUAAGGGAAUGGAAGGCGGCGUGGGACUCCCCGUGGCUGUUCAGUGUGUGGCUUUACAGUGGCAAGAAGAGCAAUGUCUUCGUCUGAUGAAAGAAGUGGAGAAUGUGGCUCGUGGCCGCCUAAAGAAGUGAAGACCUUCCGUGGAGGCAGCUGUAUGACAUCACAGCCCAAUGUUCUUUUAUCAACAGUAUAUUAAUGUAUGAUAGUAGCAUGAAUCAGGAAACGCGAUGGUGGCUUUUAUUUGACUUUCAUUCUUCGUUGUCUUGAUAUCCUGUAAAGAAUUUGCUGUUAGUCAAGCUCCUACCACUAGUCGUUUCGUGAAGUAGACUUCCUAAGAAAGGGACUUCACUCCACAAAAGACACACUAGAUCAUAAUAUUUUGCAGGGGUUUUACUGUAGUUCAAUGCUAACGUUGCCGUACUCAGAAAAUAUAAGCAUAGCAUUAGGCACCUGCACUAUUUGCGCCUAGGGGCACCUGGGACAUACAAACAGCCCCACAUUGGAGGAC